GUUUGUACCACUACACCUCUGUGGCUGCUGCUGCUGCUGCUGGGUUGAACCGCUGCGUCUUGGGAACAAAUCUGACCGUGGUUCUUCUUCCCUAAAACAAAGCCGCAUUGGUUUACUUCCACUGAUAAAGCAGAUUAAUGCAAACAGGAGAAGCGCCUUUAUUCUGCUAUAAAAGAAAGCAGUGCAGCUUCCGCAGGCUCCAGACGUCCGUGCGCACCUCAGGGAGAGAUAGGCCACUGAUGCCCAGACGGGCUCGAACACACGGUACUUUAUCGAUUCACAGCUUUCAUCCUCCUUCGCAUCAGCAGCAGCCUGAACGCUCAGUAAUAACCAAACACACCGAGUUCUGCGUCUAAAUCAGCCAUCCGUCUGUGUUUUAACCCUUCACUUCUCUGUGGCGUGCAGCAGCAUCCGAUGCAUUACAUAACCUGGAUCCAAGCGGCUGUGUGUGGCUCUCCCAGUCCCACGUAAUGCACUCGUCAAACGGCCUGGCGUCACAACGCAGCGCGCACAGCCGGGAGGAUGGAGGGAGGAUGAGGGCCGCCGAGGAGAAGCUGCAUCCUGUCAGCUUUCAUCCACUCACACUGCCUCCACACCCGCAGGAUACACACCAAACCCAGCCCCUCAUCAAACACACGGCCAAUGGGAGCACAGAGAGAGCAGCAUGCAGACACACAUGAUGACAGACAGAACCAAUGUUUCUCCAGCAGCUGGAAAAGCCUGACUGGUGAGAUUUCUGAACAGCAGGUGUUGGAUGUGGGUGACAGUGUGGUGAUGCCAGGCGUUGUAGACAGCCAUGUCCAUGUGAAUGAACCAGGCCGCACCUCCUGGGAGGGUUUCUACACCGCCACCAAGGCUGCUGCAGCCGGGGGGGUGACGACAAUUGUGGACAUGCCACUAAACAGCAUCCCUCCAACGACCACACUUGGUAACUUUCACGAGAAGAUGCGUGAGGCAACCGGACAGUGUUUUGUGGACACAGCCUUCUGGGGCGGUGUCAUUCCUGGUAAUCAGCUGGAGCUUCGACCAAUGAUCCAGGCUGGAGUGGCAGGCUUUAAGUGUUUCCUCAUCCACAGUGGAGUGGACGAGUUCCCCCAUGUGACCGACAGCGACCUACACUCAGCCAUGAAGCAGCUGCAGGGAACAGGAAGUGUCCUGCUGUUUCAUGCAGAGACAGAAGUUCAGCCAACGACAGAGGAGGAUGGUGAUCCCUCUCAGUACUCCACCUUCCUGCAGUCCAGGCCUGACAUCAUGGAGGUCGAAGCAAUUCGAAUUGUCACAGAGCUCUGCCUCCAUUACCAGGUGCGGUGUCAUAUAGUCCACUUGUCUUCUGCAAAGCCAUUAAAACUGAUCCAGGAUGCUCGACAGGCCGGAGCCCCCCUCACAGUGGAGACCACUCACCAUUACCUCAGCCUGAGUGCAGAGAGUAUACCUGCAGGGGCCACGCAGUUCAAGUGCUGCCCCCCCAUCAGAGGAUCUAUAAACCAGGAGCAGUUAUGGUCCGCUCUGAAGGAUGGACACAUUGACAUGGUGGUGUCUGAUCACUCCCCCUGCACCCCCGAUCUGAAGAAACUGGAGAGUGGAGACUUCACUCAGGCCUGGGGAGGAAUUUCUUCUCUACAAUUUGGUCUGCCUCUGUUCUGGACUUCAGCCAGUAAAAAAGGAUUUCAGCUGAGCGACGUGACGAGACUCCUCAGCCAGAAAACUGCCCAGCUGUGCUGUCUUGAUAAACAGAAGGGCAGCCUCGCCCCCGGCUAUGAUGCCGAUCUGGUCAUAUGGGACCCAGAGCGAGAAUUUAAAAUUGAAGAGGCAAACGUCCAUCAUAAAAACAAGAUUACUCCGUACCUUGGCGUCACUCUGCAUGGCGUUGUGUGUGUCACCAUCAUCAGGGGGCAUCUGGUGUACAGAGAAGGCUCCUUCUGCCCUGAGCCUCUGGGGAAACACCUCCUCAUCCCUCCGAGGAGAAAUCAAGCCCAACUGUGAAUAGAGAUAACAACAAGCUGCAAUAAACCAGAAUAAAUCUGA